GGCUGGUAAACAUUUAUAACAAAAUCGGUAAUUUUUCUUUUAAAACCUAAUAAGUUCUAACAUGACUCUUUAUAGACCAUUAUUUUGUAUAGUACUUUCAGUGGUAUAUUUAUCUCUGACUGCCACCGCAAGGAACGAUUGUGGACCUCAUUAUUGCGAUAAUAUAAGGCCAAAAUGUGUAGUUGCAAAUUGUACAGCGAAUCAGAUCAAAAAAACAUAUCCUCCAUUGUGCAGAUGCUGUCCUGAAUGUUAUACGAUCAAAGAUGAAGAUGAACCAUGUGGGGAAGAAAUUUAUGCAGUUUGUGGCCCUCAUUUGAAGUGUUAUAAAAAAGUUUGCAUAAAAAUACGAUUUUAACAAUAUAAAUCUACUAAUUUACUCUGAAAUAUUGUAUUUAAUAUAAAAAUAAAUAAAACUCGUUUAAAUUUAA